AAAUACCGACAAACAGAAGUCAUGCGACUGAACUGAACUCUACAGCCAAAGUCCCUGAAACACAUAGACUACACGGAAUCACAGAUGGGCCAUACUGUAUAUCAUUCUCCGAGUUACACUUUUAUCUCAUCGCUUUAUGACGCAGAAUCUUUCCUUCGAAAAUUUGUGUUCAUCGGUUGCAUUCUGAAACCAGUGAAUAUACACGCUUAAGCUUUACAUAUAUGCAGUUCGCACUCAGGAUUACAGAAUGGGGUUUCCGAUCGAUCGAUUUCCCGGCACAAUUUCACACACACGCUAGCCGUGCAUGUUUGUAUACUUGCCGUAUGCAACUAUGCAUGCCGUAGCGUGCGUGAUCCUCUUCGGGUUGUUCAUCCCUGAAAUGCAAUGCGCGCUCGAUCUUUCUAUGGCACUGAUCUCAAGGUGCAGGCAGGAGCCGGGAAUUUGCGAGUUGAAGCGAAGUCACCUAUACUUCAGAAAGAGAAGUACCAACACGAUGAAAUUCUGGUUGUCUUAUAACUGGAAGAAAACGAAUGACCUUUCGCGUAACAUCACUAUGCAAGUUAGUUUACCUUUUCGCGAAAAUGAUGGGUAGCCACUACAAUUGUGUUUUGGUUUGGUUAAAUGGAUGGAAUAUGGCUGUUUAUUAUCCGCAGCGUGACAUUGGAGAUGCCUGGAAGCACGAAGACGGUAAUUAUGGUGAUUACGGUUCGAACUUAUGCUUUCCCGAACUAAAGUUAUUGUUUGUUUGUUUAUUCAGCUUGGUACUGGAUACAGAGAAAUGCUUGAUGUCCGUACCUGUAUUACGAACAUCUGCAAAUUUUUUAUGCAGUGCAUUCAUAUGAAUUCAUUUAAAGAUUCGAAAUGGCGUAAGACAUAUUGGAUAUUAGUGGGGCGUAUUCAUAAAAAUUUAAUAAUGUUAAAUGUGAGAUGCUUUCGUGGACAUAUGAGUAAUAAUAAUUAUUCAUCACGAGAAAAUACAAGUGUCACGUACAUUUUAAUAAUUAUUAUGUAUGUUCCUUAUGUUCCAAUCAACAGGAAAUCGAAGAGAUGUGCACCUCUAAAUAUGCACCAGCCAUAAUUCAGGGUAGUCGACGUGGGUAUUUAUAGUUUUUAUAGUUGCCCAGCUUCGAAUUCCUAAUUUCGUUCCUCAAUUUGCACUAAUAAAACGCACACCCUCUUCCUUUACAAAGGCAACAGAUCCCUAACAUUCCUAAAAUGUCAGAAUGACUUCAUUUCUGAUUCACAUAUCCUUGUGAUCCUUUACGUCAGCGGUAGUCUGGGAACUCUCGCGAUGUACUCGUACCCGGGAUUGUUUACACAUCGAUUUUCCAAGACUUCGACUCGCCUGAGUCUGACUGCAAAGGAAUGAUGUUGUUUAUACUUUUAUAUGCAUCCAGCACCAUAUUCACGCGAGCGGUCUCCCAAACUGCAGUUGUGCAGCUUUCCGCGUCAUAUUUUUUCCAGUAAACACUGAAUCAGAUAUCAGCAACGGUUCAUUGUGGACGGUAGCAUAAGACCUAAACAACUGCUAAGCACUGUUGAGGUCCACUUUUUUGGAGUCUGAUUAAUAUGUUUUUACGAUCUCGUAUGGCCGUAUAGCUGCUCGUAGUAAACGGCAACAGGCUGUCUUUGUUUUUGUAUUACUUAUAAUCUUUACUUGCCUGUAAUAGCUUUGUUCAUUCCCCUCUCGAAAUAUCAGUUUUUGGCUUUAAAACUGUUUUUCAUAUCUCAAUAAGUAAACAUCAUAUCGUGACGUGGUUUCUAUAACUAGCAUUUUUACUUACUUGCCUUAACUUUGCUGCCCAUCAUUUUGUUUGUUACCCUUUUUGUAGACUGUUUUGCUUUCUUUCGAACUUUUGGUUUUGGGCCCUUUCUUGUAAUUACUGGUGAUUUCCUAUUACGUACGGUACAAUGGAUCGCAAAUCUACCGGACACCACGACCAGCACGAUAAUCCGCCUUCUUACAAAGAAGCAGUUUAUUACACUCAAAAUCUCGACAUCAGCAUCCCCAUCCAACCUGGAGGAGGUGCAUCGACUUCCUCCGCAUUACCCCGCCAUUCGACAUCCCAAGUCCAUGUACGCAUCGAACCACAGCCCACCGCCAGCACCACUGAACGGAGCGGUAGCGGGCCAGGCAUGUGCUGUGUACGCUUUGGUAUCGUCCUCGCCAUCAUCGUGGGUAUUGGAUUGUGCAUGUGGGAAGCGGCGUAUCAGCGCAGUGUGUUGAGUUUGGGGUCACAUGCCAGCUGGCAGGAAAAGAAACAGUUUGGUCUGCGGGCGACAUUCGGUGGAAUUCUUUUGGGAUUUGGAUUGCUCGUCUACUUGGCGGAUGCGUUUACCAAUGAAGUAUGGAAACUUGUCAUCUUACCGUCAAAUCAGUUGGAAGAGCACCUGCAAACGAUUCGGCGCGUGCGACCAAGAGUUACAUGGUAUAUGAAGUGUUUCCACUACGACAACGGCACGACGGUGAUAACCAAUCCCGAUGGAUCCAUGCGAACCGAACGACGCAACGAUCAAAUCACCACCUGGUCCGGCACGGAGGAGUUUCGUUUUCACACGUUUACGGAUGCCUCGCCCGAACUGGGCAACAUGGGUGGUGUGGUGAAUAUUCUCUUUGACAAGAAGUUUAUGUUAGCGGAUGCCGACACGCGAAGGUCCUUCGAAGCGCAGAAAGAGGCGUUUAUCAGCGCUAACCGAACGCGGGAUCAGGAAUUCAGUGUGGACGAGAUAUUCGAGGUCGAUGGUUUCAUCAGCAAUAUGACGACUGCGCCGGGCUGUUGCAUUACCAAUCCGUGCAUUUAUCUGAUCACCGUCUUUACGUUUCUGCUGUAUCCGUGGAUGUGCAUUGUUGCCCUCAGCGAAGAGAAUGUCAACUAUACCCAUGUGUAUAAGCUGUCUGUAUAAUGUAAUAAUUCUCGCUGAAAAAUAACUUUAAAAGUGUCAUAUAUUUUUCUAAAGUACAACUUGCCAUGCAUUACGCACUAAUUUGAAAUGAUCAAAUUAAAGCGCCAUGUCUAUUAACAGCGCCUUUCUGCUACAAGUUUUUAUUGUUUACUAUACGUUAUUGGGCAUCAAGCGCUCUCAAGUUCGGUUUAUAACACAGUGCAAAUUUUUAACAACAAAGUGGCAGCUCAGAAUUGUAAGGAUUUGGAAAACGGAAACUGCGAAAAGCUUACUAGAUUUAGCAUCUUGGCUGUGCUAAUUUACAGUCGGCCUGUGUUUUCAAGUUGGCAGUUUUAAAACACGUCCCGAUCAGUAUUCAUUAUGAAUUACAGCCAUGUUAAACAGAUCGUUAAAUAAGUUAUUAGGGCACUCAGUAUGGUAGUCAAACAUUUGAAUGCCUGGAAUGUGGACUGACAGGUGGCGACAGGGAAUACCGUUGACCCAUAGAAGAACUUAGCCUGCGUAUUAUGGACAUUGGAGUCGCAGUGUACGUGAUCUCUCUUAUAGCAGCAUCUGUAG